UGACUAAUGUAACAUUUUUUCCAAAUGUGAAGGUAAUGUGAAGUUUGAAAGGAGAAGUUUAAAACAUUGCUUUAUGGUGGCUUAUCAGAAACCCUGGAAUUAAACAGACUACAAACAGCUGGUGUAUUGGAGUUUACUAGAUGCUAUAGUAGCACUUUGCAGAUGAAAUUGAAAGUAAAAAGACUUAAAGAAACAGAAAGACUGGGGUAUUACAGGGUGAUUCAGCCAGGAAAUUACUGAAACUACUAACAUGCUGAAGUAAAGUGUAUAGAUAGUGUAAUGUCUAAUGGUGACCUUGAUGAGAACAAUCUCUUAAAAGAAGGAUAGAUGGAUGUAAAACCUGAGAUUGAAUGUCAGUUUCUAUUUUAUAACACUGUAGUGAAAUUAUAGACUAAAGAAAGCUUUUAAAGUACAUAAGAUAUGGAAAUAAAACUUUUUUUUUUUCCUGGUGUUUAUUACUCCUUUGGGACAAUGAUUCCUAGGAUCAGUGAAUAAUAUCCACUAAACACCCAUAUACAGGACUAAUUAUUUUUUUGCUGUCUAAUUGGCAGUACUGUAAUAGUACAAAUAUUCAUCAAACACAGUGAUGGCCCUGUGGCUAUUUUCAAGUUAAUAUUGUAACUAGUAUUAAGGUAAUUUUAGAAGAUAUACCUUAAGCUAGCAGUUCGGCCUUCCUUACCAUAUGUUGCCCUUACCAGAUACCUGUUAUAAUGGCUCACACAAUUUCUAAAUAAGCUGCAACACAUUGAACAUGACAGAGAAAGUUCACUAUUCUCUUUUUAGGAAAUUCCUGUAAUCCUAAAAAUCUUGCUUCCCCAAGUCCGCUUCUGAUGUCUUUAUAAGAGGAUUCCGGUUACCUUUUACAGUAAAAAGAAUGUGAAUGUACUGCUGGUGGCUUUAAUAUUCAACGUAAGACUCUUCAACAUCUCCACGAGCUCAGCGGUGUUGUUUUGUCAGUGUAUCGCAUAAUACGGCAGUUAGGGCAUGAGUAGUUACUAAAGCAUAGGCAAUAUUGUUGUGUUCCGGGGUGAAGGCAGGAAGAUGUGUGGUUUGCUGCAGUAAGCGUAACGGAGCCCGCAAGAAGGAGCGUCACAGAAAAAGAGUGAGAACAUCCUCCAUAGAGAGCUUCUUGUGAAGCGCAGGUGUCUCUCGCCACUGUUCCUACUGGAAUACGUUCCUCACCGUCACUCCGCAGGCGGUUUCGUCUUUGCCGGAAAUGUAUCUUAUCUCUCUUUGUUGGGGUCUAAAUUUCAGAGAAACUUUGUUGGCGUCUGGAAACCUCCGAUACUGGCGUUUUGUAACAAAUUUGUAUUUUCUUUUAUCAUUGGAUGGAAAUGAAACGUACAGACGAGACAAUGCAAACAGUUAUUGAAAUGGAGGAUGGGAAAUUGCAGUCACGGAGGAAAAGCGCCAAAGGAAAAUUCGUGUUCACUGCCCACUGUUAAGAAACUCCUGGAGCAGAAGAGGAAGCGAGAAACAGCUACUUCCCCAUCUUCCUCAACCUCCUCAUUCUCAUUAGUGACCACUUCAAUUGCCACUGCUUCUGUCCCUGUGUCACUGCCAGAACAGGAAACCCAAACAGGUGGUAACUGCAGCUAUCAGGGCAUCAUGGGAGCUGUGGGGCCCAUGUUGCCACCACCCAAUAGCGCAUGGAACCAUCCCAUCUCCCCUCAGUGCUCAAACUUGCAACAGGACUGCCUCAUUCCUUCUGUGGGAGGCUACUUUAACACUGUGGCAACCUCGCUGGAUUGUGGCCAGAGUCAGGCCUACAGCCCUGGGCUGACCCCAAGCUUCACAACACAGCAACCAGAUUACAGUUGUGCCAUGAGCAUCCAUCGCUAUUUAGAAUGCCCCAUGACAGUGACCCUCUCUGGUUCAGUUCACUCGGGGGUGCAGCAGUCUCUGAGUUACUCUUGGACACCUGUAAGUAGCCUCCAUAGUCAUGGGGCUCCAAGCCCUCAGGGAUUCGGGGAAGAGAUGGAUGCUGGGAAACUGGAUGAGGCACGAAUGUCCCUUCAGGCAAUGGACUACAGUAAGAAGAUGUGGCAGGAUGAAGAUGGAGACACGAUCCUGCAUAUCUACACGGCAAAGGGGCUGAGGGAGUAUGCUUUUGCAGCUGCGGAAAACUUGCGGGACCUCGGCAAGCUAGAUUCCAAAGAACAUAAAGGAAAGACUGCUCUGCUGGUAGCGGCGACAGCAAAUCAGCCACUAAUUGUCCAGGACCUUCUUUUGCUGGGGGCGGACGUCAAUGCCUGUGAUGAUAAGGGUCAGACUGCACUCCACCUAGCAGCUACCUAUGGAUUCCCCAGAGUAAUGCAGACAAUUCUUUCCACGGGACUGAAUGUGAACCUGGAGGCUCGCAAUUUUGAAGGGCUGACUCCCCUGCACUGUGCAGCCAUCUCCCACAGUGCCACCAUGAAGUCCUUUUUUGCCCCAAUGACUGACCUGUCUGACUCCAGCUUGCACAGCCUGGCUGAAGACAAACUCUCUUGCAUCCAGCUUCUGCUCAGUUCUGGAGCCUCCCUGCUCAGCCAGGACAUCAAGAGCAACAAGACAGUUCUACACCUGGCUGUGAAGGAAGGCAAUGUAAUGCUGGUGCGAAUCCUGCUGCAGAUUAACCUGGCAGACACACAGGCUUUCGUUAAUAUGAAGGCGCAUGGUAACACUGCUCUGCACAUGGCAGCCGGCUUGCACAGUAGCUGCCACCAGGAGGAGAUGAUCCGCUUACUGCUGAAUCACGGAGCUGAUCCCAGCAUCCGCAACCUGGAGAACGACCAGCCCGCGCACCUGCUGCAGAGUGGGGAAAAGGGAGAACAGCUGAAGUUCCUCCUCAAAAAGCGAAAUGCUGCCUCUCGACGGCGUAUUACAUCCUUACAGGACCAAGAGUGACAUGGACUGCUUUCCAGUCCCAUCGUUUUUCCCUCUUCCCUACUAAAGAAGGGGGAUCUAAUCGUAUCUUCUUAUGAGGACCAUUUUCAUACACCUCUAAUUUAUUCUAGAGUGUAUUUCCACAGUGUAUGAUCAGACAGUUAUAUUCUUUUUUCUUUUUUGAAGAAAAGUUACUUAAAAUUUUCUGUCUGAAAUAUAGUGUAUCUAGUGAAAUUUCAAACUGACCUUUCAGUUAUUUGGCUGCACUUUGUUUUUUCUAAAGGUUAAAUCUACUGUCAGUCCUGUGUUUUUUUUCCAAAGAACAAGUAAUGUUAAUGGGCUGAUUAUCAUGUGAGUGAUUCAUUAGUACUAGAUUUUUUCUUAGAAUUUCUUCAUGUUCACAUCAAUUGAUAAUGUUUGCUUUAUUUAUUGGCUAAAACAUACUUUAGUUUUAUAGGAAUAUGUCAAAAUAUAUAUUGAGGUGAAAGGGACAUGGACAAUAUGUCCAAAAUAAAUCAUUUGAAGUCAUAUGUUAGGACUUUUACAGAGAGAAACUCUGGGUUUUGUAUUCUAUGUCUGAUUUCUGAGAAAUCGCUGAAUAAUGGCAAGUAUCAUUAUUACUAUCUGAAACCAUAUUGGUUCAUUGAAAUAAUGUAUCAUAAGCAUGCAUCACACUGUAUCAGUGUGCUAGUGCUUCACAAAUCAAACCUCAAUUGUUAAAUACAAUUAUUUUUAUUUAAAUCAAGGGAACCUGUGCCUUAGUUCUUUAACUUUUCCAAUUUUUCCUGUGGGAUCCAUGUUAUUUAUAACAUCCUUGUGGUGUGACUGCAUUUGCAUGAUUUUAGGAGGCACGAGAAUCUUUGGUUCGGCAAUUCCAAUCCUACCUUGUCUGCCGCUAGGAAAUGUAAUAUACUGUGCCCUCCACAAUUAUUGGCACCCCCUCUAAAGAUUUGUAAAAAGGGUUAGUAAAAAUCCACCUUUUGGUGAAGUAGUUUCAUAUCACACUGAAAAAAUUAGAAAAAUCCAACCUUUUCUUAAAAUAAAUUUAUUGAAAGAAAAACAAAUCCUUCAUCAAGAAAUAAUUAUUAUCAACAAAAACACAUAUGUGCUACGAUUAAUGGAACCCCUGCUUUUAAUUUUAUAAGGUUAGAGAAUACCAAGCAGAGCACCUGAGUCCAUUCCUCUUUACAGAAUCUCUCCAGAUCAUCCAGGGUCCUAAGCCAUCUCUUGUGCACUAUCCUCUUCAGCUCAGCCCACAGGUUUUCUGUGGGGUUCAGGUCAGGGGACCAUGGCAGAAGCUUGAUUCUGCGGUCAGCUAACCAUUUCGACAUGUGCUUAGGAUCACUGUCUAGCUGGAAGAUCCA